CCCAGUACAAUGUGCAAGUCAAUUUCCGUGUCGCUCGCAUUCCUGUUCGCCAUCUGCGUCCUGGCAACCGCCAAUUCGCACGGCGAGAUGCGCCUGUGCAGCGUUCGGCUAAACGAUAUGCUGAGCACGCUCUGUGACAAAGGAUUCAACCGUCUCAUUCCCCAGAAACGCAACUCGCCGCUCAUGGACCUGGACCCACUCGAUCCUAUUCAGUACAUUGAGGAGAAGGAAACGCCCUCGUCAUCCGCCGAGCUCCUUACCUAUCCCAUGGCCAAUUCGCGCCUGCGCAACAUCUACCAGCAGAAUGUCCUCAACUCGCUGACCGCUACCCGCCGUCGCACCCGUGAGGGUAUCGUCGACGAGUGCUGCAGAAGGUCCUGCAAACUCAGUGAAUUAUACGCUUACUGCGCCGCCUAGAUUCUCUGCAUUGGAACUAGCCCACACUUCAAGCACCGCGAUCAGAGUACAUUUUGGAACAUAGACAGAACCUUGAACUUCUACUCCCUCUAUAUGGUAUUUGCUUUGUGCAAACCACAAGUUGUAUUUAUAUUAUAAUUGCUUUAAAUAAAAACCAGCUG